UUCGCCAGAAAAAUGUAGGAGGAAGUAGAAUGUAACGUAGAAUGCCCCGUUAUGGAUCUCAAAUCUAGUUAUGGUUCCUUAUUCAAGGUGAAAGCAUCAUCAGAUAUUUGGUGAAAUAAUUUAUAGCGCCAUGGACCGUUUGGCCAACAUGACAGAGAGGAGGAUGGUAUUGGUGUUCAACUAGUCUACAACUAGCAUCCUGCAGUGUUCCAGGCUGUCUGGUUGUGUGUGGCGUGGCAGUGAGAUGGAGAACCAUGCAACAGCAGGGGCCACCGUGGAUGCAUGCGGAGUGGACCAACGUAGCGAUGAGUAUCGGCUGCUCAUGGCUUACUGUGGCAAGAGGAAGAGGCAGCGGUCUGUCCCAAUGCCUCAAUUUCAAGGCCUCAUUCAAAAAGAAGGUCCUCCUCCAUCCAGACAUAAUGCUACAUUUUAUGAGACCGGUCCCAUACACCGAGGAUUUCGAAGUUGUGCUCCGUCCAGACAUGGCCGAAUGGCAGCAGCUGCUGGAGCUGCAGGAGGAGUGGGCAAUACCUUGAAUGGAGUAGCAGGCAGGUUGACUCAGAUUGCAGACUCUGUGCAGAUCACAACAGACGACAUAGAGUCAGACGGGACAGAUGAUCAACAUGAUGUCAUCCGAAGACUAGUGGAGUUGCUGAAGGCGUCUGGAGACAAGCUGAAUGAGGAGAUCAAGAGUAACCACAUCUUGCAGAGGCACCUCCAGACUUCCUUCACUUACAGUCUGUUUGAGACGGUGACCUCCACCCUGCUCCAGGGAGUGACAGGGGUAGAGGGUGAUGGUCCUGUAGCCCAGACAGGCUACCCUGCCCCUGAGAAGGAGGAGAGGGUCCAGAGGGAGCAGAUUGCCCUGGCCUGCGAGGUGACUAGCAAGCUAUCUGCCCUGGACCUCCACCCCAUGAGCCGGGCCAUGGGCUUUGGGACACGCUACCUCCAGGAGCACCACACGGCCUGGGUGAAGAAACACGGGGGCUGGAAUAACGUGUUUGACAGUGAAGACACUGAUUAGACCUGCCAGGCAUUUCAGCUGCUUCAACCAUUCAUGGGAACCAAUUUACAUUUUUAUGAAGAUUUUGCUGAAUAUUAAAUGUUUAAUUUGCUCCUAAAACUAUGGAUUCACUUACUGUUCUUACAUUAAUAAGGCUGUUUCUUAGUGAAACUGACUACAUUUUGUUCAUGUUAAAGAGAUCCUUCAAAAGUUAUGUACUGUUAGAUACUGAACAUUGGUCCCAAUUUAGACUUGAAAUAAACAGGCUUAACAUGGACUUAAGUUGUUGUUUUUUUGACUAAAGUCCAUGUUAAGUCACCUUGUCUCAAGUUUUUAAAUAUUAGGGCCUAUACUGAAUGUAUAGCUUUCUUGAUGUUUGGAUUUAUCUUAAACUCUAAAAUGACAUUGAACCUGUGAUUUAUGAAUGAACUGCUUAGUGUGGAUUAUCAAUGAAUUGCCUUGAAAUGGUUGUAUGUGGAAAUGAACCUCUAUCCCACAAACAGUUUUUUUUAUAUUACAACAGAAAGUAGUGUUAAUGAGAUAUGUUGCUAUUCCAGUGGUGUUACUGUGAUAAAGUACACAUUAUUUGAUACCAUAAAGGAAUUAAAGAUUUGUUUUGUCAUUUAAUAGUCA